AUGACACUUUUUGCUUUGGCGGGAAACGAAACGGACAAAAGUAAAAACGUUGUUCAGAGCUCUGGGAACUUUGCUCGUAUUUCGUCUGCUAUUUUCAGAUAGAUAUUCGAAAUGGUAAACGAAACGCCGAAGAAACAUUACGUUAUUAAAAGAAAUGGCAAGCAGGAAGAAGUUCAUCUUGACAAGAUCACUUCUAGAAUUGAAAAGUUAUGUUAUGGCUUAAACAAGGAUUAUGUAGAACCUGUUAAUAUUACACUCAAAGUGGUUCGUGGUCUCUACCAUGGGGUGACUACUGUUGAACUGGAUACUUUAGCUGCAGAAACUGCUGCUAUGAUGACUACAGAUCAUCCAGACUAUGGAAUAUUAGCUGCCAGAAUUGCUGUUUCCAACUUACAUAAAGAAACUAAGAAAAAUUUCAGUGAGGUCGUAGAAGAUUUAUACAACAUGAUCAAUGAGAAAACUGGAAGAAAAACGCCGAUGAUUUCUGAUUUCCAUUAUAAGAUCAUCAUGGAAAACGCGGACCGUUUGAAUGCAGCUAUAAAACACGAAAGAGAUUUCAACUAUAACUAUUUCGGUUUUAAAACUUUGGAAAGAUCGUAUCUUUUGAAGAUCAACCGUAAGAUUGUUGAAAGACCUCAGCAUAUGCUGAUGAGAGUUGGUGUUGGAAUUCACGGCGCUGAUAUUGAUAAAGCCAUCGAAACAUACAAUUUGUUGUCAGAGAGAUAUUUCACACAUGCCAGUCCAACUUUAUAUGCUGCUGCUACUCCUAAGCCGCAAUUGUCGUCUUGUUUCCUUUUGAUGAUGCCUGAAGAUAGUAUUGAGGGAAUUUUCAGUUGCAUUACUAAAUGCGCUUAUAUCUCUAAGUCUGCUGGAGGAAUAGGGGUAAACAUACAUAAUAUCAGAGCCAAAGGAACCUAUAUUGCUGGAACGAAUGGGGUCUCAAACGGACUUGUACCAAUGUUGAGAGUUUUCAACAAUACGGCCCAUUAUGUUGACCAAGGCGGCAAUAAGAGGCCAGGUGCUUUCGCCAUCUAUCUUGAACCGUGGCACGCAGAUAUUUUCGAAUUUUUGCAACUUAAGAAAAACACUGGCAAGGAUGAAGUUCGUGCCAGAGAUCUCUUCUAUGCCCUCUGGAUUCCCGACCUUUUUAUGAGAAGGGUUGAAAGUAACGGAAAAUGGUCCUUGAUGUGUCCACACUUGUGUCCUGGACUAUCAGAUUGCUGGGGUGACAAAUUUGACAAACUUUACGAGUCGUAUGAGGCACAAGGAAAAUUCGUUCGUCAAGUUGACGCACAGAAAUUGUGGCAUGCUAUAAUCACAUCGCAAGUUGAAACUGGAACACCUUAUAUGCUGUAUAAAGAUGCGUGUAACAAAAAGAGCAACCAACAGAAUCUAGGAACUAUCAAGAGUAGCAACUUGUGUACAGAAAUUGUAGAAUACACAUCACCUGAUGAAAUUGCUGUUUGCAAUUUGGCGUCUAUCGCAGUGAAUAUGUUUGUAGACAAAGAAAAGAAAGAAUAUGAUUUUCAGAGACUUAGGGAGGUUACUAAAGUUGUAACUAAAAAUCUGAAUAAAAUUAUAGAUAUCAAUUACUAUCCAGUGCCGGAAGCUAAGAAUUCAAAUCUCAGACAUAGACCUAUUGGGAUUGGGAUUCAAGGGUUAGCUGAUGCUUUCAUUUUGAUGAGAAUACCUUUUGAUAGUCCAGAAGCUCUUUUAUUGAAUCAGCAAAUAUUCGAAACUCUGUAUUAUGGAGCAUUAGAAGCAAGUUGUGAAUUAGCACAAGUUGAAGGUACUUAUUCGUCAUAUGAAGGAUGCCCAGUUAGUAAAGGAAUACUUCAGUAUGAUAUGUGGAAUGUAACGCCAACUAAACUUUGGGACUGGUCAGUACUUAAGGAAAAGAUAGCCAAACACGGAGUACGAAACUCCCUCCUCCUGGCGCCAAUGCCAACCGCUUCAACCGCCCAAAUCUUAGGAAAUAACGAAUCCUUCGAACCCUACACAUCGAAUAUUUACACCCGUAGAGUACUCUCAGGCGAAUUCCAAGUAGUAAACCAUCAUUUAUUGAAAGAUCUGACUGACCUUGGCCUCUGGGAUGAUAUCAUGAAGAACCAAAUUAUCGCCAAUUGUGGUUCAAUUCAAAAUAUUCCUACGAUUCCAGAUGAAUUGAAAAGAAUUUAUAAGACUGUCUGGGAGAUUUCACAAAAAGUUGUUUUGAACAUGGCUGCUGAUAGAGGGGCAUUCAUUGAUCAGAGCCAGUCCCUUAAUAUUCACGUUGAGAAACCCACUUACGGAGUUUUGAGUUCAAUUCACUUCUAUGGGUGGAGGAAGGGAUUGAAGACUGGAAUGUAUUAUUUACGUACUAAACCAGCUGCAAGGCCAAUCCAAUUCACAGUAGAUAAACAAAAACUUAUGGUUAAGAAUGACCAGCCAAAGGAACCAGCCAAGGCUACAAAUGGCGAGAAGAAAAAGGAUGUUGAGGAAGUGGUGGAUAGUGAUAAACAGACCGAUGAGGAGUUGGCUAAGUUGGUUUGUUCACUGCAAAAUCCAGGAGCUUGUGACAUGUGUGGAGCCUAAUUUAUAUUCUUGUUAAGAUAUUUCUAGCUAUUAAUAUUAUGUACAACAUUUAUUUAAGAUUCAUUAUUCACUACAUUUUUUGAAUAAAAUUUAUGCAAAA